UUUUCUCUAUCAAAGCUCUCUCUCACACAAUUGGAGGAAUUAUGGGUGAACUCCCCAAUCUGAACCCGUUUCAGUAAAUUUCCAAAUAUCACUUCCAGAUCUUUCUUUCUGCAAAAAAAAAAAAAAAAAAAAAAAAAUAUCAGUCCAGAAAAUUAGAAAUUUGCAUUGAUUUUUUUUUUAUUCUAGUUUUUUUUUUGAGAAUGGCAGAGAAUAAUGAAUCAAUGAAUGCAAACCCACCUGGGAUUUUGCUAAUUAGAAGCAUUAGAAGGAAAGAUUGGAGUUUUAAAACGUAUAAAUAUGUAGUUAUGUUGAUCACAUUCAUAGCUUAUACAUCUUACCAUGCUUCGAGAAAACCUAGUAGUAUUGUGAAGAGUGUUUUACAUCCACACCCAUUUCUAAACGAAACGGUUACAAAUCCAUGGCCUAUUGGUCCGCUUUUCGUAAAGAGGGAAUUUUUGGGCUCUAUUGAUUUAGGUAAAUCAAAAAAGAAAGGUUGGGAACCAUUUAAUGGAGAGGAUGGAACGUCGAAAUUGGGGGAAAUUGAUGUUGCGUUUCUAGCGUGUUAUUCGAUGGGAAUGUAUGUAGCUGGACAUUUAGGGGAUUCAUUGGAUUUAAGGCUGUUUUUAGCAACUGGGAUGAUUGGAAGUGGCAUUUUUGUAGGGUUAUUUGGUAUGGGUUAUUUUUGGAAUAUACAUGCUUUUUGGUUUUACUUGGUUAUGCAAAUGGUUGCUGGGUUGUUUCAGGCUACUGGGUGGCCUUCUGUUGUUGCUGUUAUUGGAAAUUGGUUUGGUAAAAGCAAAAGGGGAUUGAUUAUGGGUAUUUGGAAUGCUCAUACCUCUGUUGGGAAUAUUAGUGGAUCUCUUAUGGCUGCUGCUGUUUUGGAAUAUGGAUGGGGUUGGUCUUUUAUUGUUCCAGGAGCAUUUAUAUUUUUAGCGGGGAUAAUGGUGUACUUGUUAUUGCCUGCAUAUCCAGAAGAUGUUGGGUUUCCUUGUCCUAAUCAGCCAUAUGUUGAGGAUUCAUCCAAGAUUAACGAUGAAGAAGCUCAGACAGUGAAAGAAAAUGUGGCUGUAAAUGCACAGUUUAAUGUCCCUCGGGUUGGUUCGAAUAGGACAAGUGUUGGUCUUUGUGAUGCUUGUCUCAUACCAGGAGUGAUUCCAUUUGCACUGUGCCUUUUCUUCUCAAAGUUGGUGGCAUACACAUUUUUGUACUGGUUGCCAUUUUACCUUAGUCAAACAGCUAUAGGGGGAGAGUAUGUUUCAGUGAAAUCUGCUGGGAAUCUCUCUGCUCUGUUUGAUGUUGGAGGUAUAGUUGGUGGAAUUCUAGCUGGACAUUUGUCUGACAAGCUUGAUGCUCGUGCUACUACAGCAGCCAGCUUCAUGUAUGCAGCGAUUCCUUCUAUGCUUCUGUAUCGCAAAUAUGGAGGCACAUCAAGGCUCAUGAACAUUUUGCUCAUGAUGAUUGCUGGCUUGUUUGUUAAUGGGCCUUAUGCACUUAUAACAACUGCAGUGUCAGCAGAUUUGGGUACUCACAGCUCUUUGAAAGGAGAUUCACGAGCACUUGCAACAGUUACUGCCAUAAUUGAUGGUACUGGAUCUAUGGGUGCUGCUUUAGGUCCUCUUUUGACGGGUUUUCUUUCAUCAAAAGGAUGGGAUGCAGUUUUUAUAAUGCUUGUUGUUGGUGCACUUAGUGCUGGUCUUCUUCUAUCUCGUUUGGUUCUUUCUGAACUUAGUGAGAAGUUCUCUAAGCGCCUAGCCUGUGAGCAACACAAUAGCGAAGAUUCUGCAUCUCAACCCCUUCUAGGAGACCGAAGAUGAGGAUUUGUUGUGCAUGUUUUCUCAAGAAACAUAAAGAAAUGAUGGCAGAUACAAGUACUGCCUCUCCGUGAAAACAGAAGCAAAAUCUUAGGUAUGAAAAAGCCAAUGGAAUCAGCGGGACUCAACAAGCCACUUUGUCAUCAAAAUCGCCACUAAUGCCUUGAACAUGGUUUCUUGGUACAUGUCUAAAUGAACAAAGGUGCUUCUCUUAUGAGGUUUUUCUCUUGUGAAAAUCACUGCUUUUUAUCUGAGAUAUAUUUAAGGUUUAACGAGACGUGUCUGGUAGUUAUGCUGCUGCUGAUAUUACCUUUCUUCUUAUCCCAUGAAGCAGAGUUGUAGAUAGAAUAAAGUGAAGCUAGAUUGUUAGAUUUAGUAGCACAUCACAUCCGAUGAAUAUCCUUUGUUUAUUAGUCCACUUGUUCCGUAUUAUCUGUCUAUUAAAGUUUUCGC